AAACAUUGUCUGCACUGUGUACUUGGGCUGCAGAUUGGAUCUUAAGCAAAUUGCUCUCAAGGCCCGAAAUGCCGAGUAUAAUCCCAAGCGUUUUGCUGCCGUUAUCAUGCGAAUUCGGGAACCCCGAACCACAGCGCUAAUCUUCUCUUCAGGCAAGAUGGUCUGCACCGGAGCGAAAAGCGAGGAGCAGGCUCGUUUGGCAGCCAGAAAAUACGCUCGAAUUGUACAAAAACUAGGUUUCGAGGCACACUUCAAAGAAUUCAAAAUCCAAAAUAUGGUCGGUUCCUGCGAUGUCCGGUUCCACAUACGCCUUGAAGGCCUCGGAGUUUCUCAUGAGGAAUUCGUGACAUAUGAACCAGAAAUCUUCCCCGGUCUCAUCUACCGCAUGGCCAAGCCCAAAAUUGUCAUCCUUAUAUUCGUCUCGGGUAAAAUCGUGCUCACAGGUAAGUUUUUCUCAUUAAACCUGACAUCCACUUUCUUAUUUGUUACUAAAAAACGCUCUGCAUUUUAUCCAUUCACAAUGUUGAAUUUCACGGUUACUUUAAGUAGCCUAUUUCCCCCCCCCAAAAAAAAGAAGUUUCCAUUUUUGCAAUGCAAUCUAUAA